GUCGGAGUCUGUAUUUAUAUUGACUCUGGGACAAGUGUUUGCACAGCGACACGAAAGCAACGCCCGAGUAGACGUCCUGACCAGCAACCUGCAGACCAGACCACCUUCCUGUCCUGAGGACGUCCACCAUCGCGAAUCAUGUCUAGCACUGAAGGAAAGGUUAUCAAGUGUAAGGCGGCAGUGGCUUGGGCCAAGGAUCAGCCGCUCUCCAUCGAAGAGAUAGAAGUGGAUCCUCCGAAAUCGAGGGAAGUUCGGGUCAAGAUCCGGGCAACAGGCGUUUGCCAUACCGACGUGAGCGGGAAAAGGGCCAUUCUGCCUUUCGUGCGAUUUCCAGCUGUUCUGGGACACGAGGCAGCUGGAGUUGUAGAGAGCGUUGGAUCAGCUGUCACCUCUUUUCAUGUCGGUGACCACGUCUUGACAAUUUUCCUGCCCCACUGUCAGCAGUGCCCUGCGUGCAAGUCCCCUGAUCAGAAUCUGUGCGAGAAGUUCAUGGUUCCUUCCGAAUCCGUCGGGUUACUGUUCGAUGGUACGACGAGGAUGAGGUGCAACGGGAAGACGCUCUACCACUUCUUGGGAACUUCCACUUACUCGGAAUACACAGUCGUUGACGAGAGUCAGGUGGUCAAGGUGAACAAAGCCGCCCCACUGGACAAGAUUUCUAUUCUGAGUUGCGGAGUGGCCACCGGUUACGGCAGUCCCAUCAAGAUCUGUAAGGUGAAGCCAGGCUCGACCUGCGCAGUCUUCGGUCUGGGCACCGUCGGUCUUGGCGCAGUCAUGGGAUGCAGAGUUCAGGGAGCCAAGCGAAUCUUUGGGAUUGACAUUAAUAAAGAUAAGGAGGAAAUAGCGAGAACAUUUGGAGUGACAGAUUUCCUCAACCCAAACGACCACCAGAAACCAAUCCACGAAGUCUUGAUAGAGGCAACCGGUGGAGGCUGUGACUUCACUUUCGAGUGCAUCGGGAUCCCGGAAGUUCUUCAGUCAGCUAUCAACGCCUGCAAAACUGGCGGUCAAAGUGCCAUAGUCGGCGUUCCAGCGGAAGGAAAAACUGUGACCUUUGACCCCUAUAAGCUGCUCUAUGGACGCGUCUGGACGGGAGGAUUCUACGGAGGAUUUAAACCCAAGAAUGACGUCCCAGGUCUCGUAGACGAUUAUAUGCAGAAGAAGAUCAUGCUGGACGAGUUCAUUUCGACAACAAUGCCCAUAGACGACGUCAACAAAUCUUUCGACUUGCUGCUCCAAGGGAAAAUCGUCAAGGCAGUUCUGUAUUUCAACUCUGGUGACUUCAAAUAAGGCGGGAAAAAGAUCAACAUAAGUCACCAGGGUCGUACCUACUUAUGGUCUUUAUCGUUACUGACAACUCGGGCUCGGAAACAAAUUCCGAUUCUAUACGUUGUUUACAAUGUGAGCAUCUUGGAGGCUGUGGGAUUAGUCGUCUUUUUCAUUGGAAUAAUUGUACACUAUCUGACAAUAUCGCAUUACAUUUCAGAACUGUCAUUUAUUACAAUAUCUAGAUCAUCAAUUCUCAAUUUUUUUUCCUUUUUUGCUAAAGUGUGUACGGUUGUGUGAUGUCAUUCAAUUAACUUCCGCGAUGUGUUUUGAGUUCUCGGCAAUUAUUGUGAUCGCGUCUGAGGGAAUUCAAUAAAUACUUUCUUUGCACAGG